AUGCCGGUUUGCCCUCACACUGGUGAGGCUACAGAGGUUCCAUGCAAUACGAGCUGUUUCAAAGAUCCCGGCGUGCCGAUCAAAUACCCGGAGUACAUCUCGCAUCGCUCGCUGGCGUGGAA